AUGGCCCACAUUUCUGACGACGAAAAAGACAUUGUCUCUCAAGACAGCUACCACAAAGUAUACCUGCUGGGAGAUGGUGGAGAAUACAUUAUCUUGGGUAACAAGAAGUUCUACAAGCAUGAGCUCAUGACUGCCUUUGGUGGUACCAUGCAAACAGAGAGAUACAAGCCAGCUGAGCCUUUGAACUUCGGUAACCCUGCUGCCUUGGGUCUUGCCUCCUUUGCCCUCAGUACCUUUGUUUUGGGUCUCUACUUAUCUGGCGCUAUGGGCAUUUCAAAGCCAAAUGUUGCAGUUGGUUUGUGUUUCUUCUACGGUGGAUUAGUUGAGGCUGCAGCUGGUAUUUGGGAGUUGGUUCUUGGAAACUGUUUCGCUGGAACUGUCCUUGUUAGUUUCGGAAUGGGUUUCUGGAUCUCUUACGGUGCAAUUAACGUUGAGGCAUUUGGAAUUAUCGCUGCUUAUGGUGAUGACACCAAACAAUUGAGCAAUGCCCUUGGAUUCUUUUUGGUUGGUUGGGGAAUUUUCUGUUUCCUUAUGUUAUUGCUUACUUUCAAGUCCACCCUUAUUUUCAUGGGCUUGUUCUUCACCUUAGACAUUGCCUUCUUCUUGCUCGCUGGCUUUUAUUUCACUGGCAAUGCUCACUUACAGAAGGCAGGUGGUAUUUUUGCUGUGAUUGCCUCUCUUUGUGGAUGGUACUGUGCUUUCGCUGGUACCGCUACCAGACAAAACUCUUAUUUCACUGCAAACCCAAUCCUUCUUCCAGUCUUUGGAAAGAAGGAUUGA